CUGCAGAAGACGGGUUUUUGUUGGCCACAAAAGUGUGCGGCGUCUGCCCGCAAUGUCACAUUUUGACGUACCCUGCAUCGGAAGUGUUCAGAGUAAAUCAUUCCUCGAACUUUAAGCGGAUGUUCAUUGUUGCGCGCAUCAAGGAAACGAGGAUGUUGCUUGAGAUAUCGUGAUCGACAAGGUCUCCCAACGUCUUCGGAGAGCCGAACGUGGUGAGUGUCGAGGAACGUUUCCACGAUCCAUGGCGCAUAAGCCGACGUCUUGCAAUACUUGAGUGAUGCUAGCAAUUGUUUGUGCGUCAAUAACUUUCAGCAAACGUCGAACUUUGAAGAUUGAGAAUAUCUCCGAGUCGAAACACAAUAUCAUUCUUGGCCAGAAACAGCCAUGACCGAAUUCACCCUGCCAGACACCUCGUCGUUUGAGAAGGUGGCUUACCUCGUCGGCACCCCAAUCGCACACUCAAAAUCCCCGUCGCUUCAUCGUGCCAUAUAUACAGCAGUUGGGAAAAACUGGGCCCAACUGCUUUGUGAGACCAGCGACCUCGAAGGGUUUCUUCAUUAUCUCAAGCGCGAUCCCAAAUGCAUGGGCAGUGGUGUUACCAUGCCCUUCAAAGUCGCCGUGAUCCCUCAUUUGGACGAGCUCACAGACGAAGGACGAGCCAUUGGCGCGGUGAACACUAUCUUUUUCAAACCCGAAUCCAAUGGGUCCCGAAGAUUCUGUGGGACGAAUACCGAUUGUCUGGGCAUUCGCGACGCCUUCCAGACAAACGUGAAAGGCGCCCCAUAUCGAGGAAAGCCAGGACUCAUCAUAGGAGGAGGCGGAACUUGCAGGGCAGCCAUUUAUACCUUGCAACACUUCAUGGGGUGUUCGCCCAUAUACAUCAUCAACAGAGACGAAAGAGAGGUCGAGGCUGUCUUACAAGAAUGCCACAACAGGGGUGCUGCAGCGGACCUAAUUCAUGUUCAGACGGUUGCACAAGCGCGAAGCCUGCCAGCACCAGGUGCAGCUGUCAGUGCAGUUCCAGACUUUCCAGCCGUGACCCAGGAGGAAAAGGUAGUGAGAGAAAUUCUCAAGGUCUUUUUGAAUACCGACGAGAAAGGUGCGCUACUGGAGAUGUGCUACCAUCCGUCACCAGAUACCGAAAUUUCCAGACUUACGCUCGAAGCACGCUGGCAAGUCAUUGGUGGCAUCGAGGCAAUGAUCGGACAGGGCCUUGCCCAAGCUGGUCUGUGGACUGGCAUCGAGAUAGAUGAGAGGCUAAGGAACGUGUCGAGGGAAGCGGUCGAAAGGCAGAUGCGAGCGUCGCUUUGAGAACUUGCCAGCGAACUGCGCACUCUCGGGCGGGU